AUGGUGUUGCGUUUUAUCCUGCGAUAUCUCGCCAACAACGAACAAGUUGUGAACAGACUGGCCGAGUCAUACCCCAUCAGGAGAGCUGCACGAUUUGUUGUCUACUUAUUCAACCGUUCGAAAAGUAUUGUGGAGAGUGAAAUAGCCUCUGGGAAACUGAAUGACGUGAAUUUAUCUAAUAUGAGAAACCUCGCUGCGAGACUUGAAAACCACUUGAAGCAAAUAAAAGAGGAUUUAGAGAAGCAGGCAAAAAAGUGA